UAUUGUAUAGUAUCAGAUUUUAGUUGAAAGUGCUUUAUAAAUACACAAAAAGGGAAAAAAAUCUGUGAAAACGAAACCAGAAAUAAACAAAAAGCCUACAGUACAUCAUGGCGUUUCACCGCUUCGACUUGUUUCAGGCAACAGGAGUCUCCGUUUACGUCACAGAAUAAACACCGGCUGGGGAAAAACAAAAUGAUCGUAUUUCAAGUGGUUUAUGAGAUGACAUGUGACAUCUGAGUCCGCAAUGAUAUAAGAUGAUGGCUGUUGUCUAAACUGGAGAUGAAUGGCAUCCCGCUUCUGUCCACAUGCCAGCCUCGAUCAGCCUGGAAACUUUGAGGAGACUCGCGCUCUGUCUCGCAGGACAGAAGAGACCGAGACACAGACAUCAUUGUCCGCUGAGGAUGAGGAUGGUUUGUACUAGACGGGCUCUCCAGCAUUGGGUCUUUGCUCUGUUCUUACUGUGUUCUCCCGUCCCGCACCACGGCCGGCCCGUCGAUGCCCUCAGCAGCCGAAUCAAGCGUUCGGUAACACACGCUCAGCUGAUGCACGAUAAGGGCCGGACGCUGCAAGACUUUAAGAGACGCUUGUGGCUUCAGGAGCUUCUUCACGAAGUUCAUACGGCUGAGAUCCGCGAGGCUCAGCAGCCGAGGGGCGGAGUCAGCAGCGGAGGGGGAGGUGGCUUCACCGUCGCCGUGCCGAUGGGAGUCGGCGUCUCCAUGGGAACGGGAACCGCCCAUCCGAAACCCGCCGGCGGCACAAAGAAUCUGCCGAUCAGCUUCCGCCUGGAGGACGAGGAGGGAACAAACCUCCCGCAAGAAACCAACAAGUCACAAACCUACAAGGAGAGCACGAUGAAGGCCAUCGGGAAGAGGAAGAAGAAAGGAAGAGUGGGGAAGAGGAGAGAUGGGGAGAAGAGGAAGAGAAGGGCUCGUUCACUGGAAGAGUUCGGCAGCGGCUUCCACCUGGAGUGGGCGAUGCACUAAAACACUGUCAGUCUUUGACAACGAUCCUCGAGGACUUUUGAAAUGGACACCUAAAUGCUCAUGUUACCGUCCACUGUAAAAGUGAGAGGAAAAUAUUUAUUGUCUGUAAAUAUUCUCAAUGCGCCCGAACAGUGACAAUGACAAAUAACGAAACUGCUAUAGCAUUUUUCAGCUCCGCGGAGCUACAGAUUUGGAUCCUUGUGAAUACUUUGCUUUGUUUCUUUUUCGUUUUCCUUUUUAUUCUUUUUUUAUUUUUAGGACCAUGCCUCUAUUACGGUGUCAGAAUUCCUGUAAUUUAUUUUGUUUGAAUGGUGUAUUUAUUUUUUAAAGGUAUCAAGGUGCUGCUGACCUUCUAUAUUUUUGUACUAUAAUGCACUUUAGAUAUAUAAAUAUAGAAAUAUAUACAAGUCAUUUUGUUAAUGGACGUAUUUUGUGGUUCAGUUGAAUGAAGAAGACUAUAGUCAUGCCCACCUCUCUGUCUGUUCAUUGUGUGUUCAUCAGCUUUGGCAUCCAUGUUUCUGUGAGCCUGUCCCAAAACUUAGUGAGCCGCCUAGCUAGACAGCAUCAUAGACUCCCUAUCCGAAGGCAUCCUUCGCAUACAAGACAGUCACAGUAAAAUCAAACAUCCAACACUCAAAAAUUGUACAUUUACGUAUUUGAAUUGCAUAUUAAACUUCCAUUCGUUUGGAUUACGCCGUUGUAACAAACUAAUAAGCUUAAGUUGCGUUUACACAACAACGAUGUGCUAAAAAUGAAAACAUUUUUCCUUCGAGUUUUUCGCGCACAGACCAAAACGUGAAAACGACUAAAUGCGUAAUGUUUCUUUACAAAGUGACAUCGCCAUCUACUGGCCUGACGACAGAAUACAGGUUUUUUUUCCCUCACAAUAAAGUCUGAAUUGCGAGUUGCUGAAUUUUUUCACACUGUUUUGAGAAAAAAGACAGAAUUGGACGUUUUAACACAAUUGUGAGUCUAACGCAAAGUCGUAUUCUGCUGUCUGGCCAGUAGAUGGCGACGUCACUAUAAAGAAACACUACGUGUCUAUAAACUCAACAAGUAAAAUGCAUACGCAUGACUUCAGAAUCAGCAUAAAUGUGUUCAUUGUGUAAAACAAAUAAAUGUAUUCAGUUAAAAAAGUAUGAACAUGGAUAAAAUGCAGCUAGCCGUGGAACAAAAAAUAUUGUAAAAUAUAUUGAUUAUAUAUAUAAUAUAAUCCUGGUUGUUGUGCAUUUAAAACACACUCAGUUUAAUAGUAUAAUCACAGAAAUACCUGUGCAUUGAUGUAUGACUGACAAAUAUGCAUCACAUUAAGUUUAUGUUGAAACUAAUCCUAAUUAAUGGAAAUUUUAUAUGCAAUUCAAUUGUGAAAUCUUACAUUUAUGCCUGAAUAUUUGUUUAUUUUUUGAUUGAAGAUGACUGAAAUGUUAUUCAUGCAUUAGCUACCCCAUAUUUGUACAUUUAUUUUAAGCUGUUCGGCUUGUCAAACUCAAAAGUGUCCUGCGCACACCACUGUUUUACCCAGAUCAGCCAUUUAGGUCAGAUGCAGCUCACUAGGGUUUGCAGACGGGCUUUUGUAUAGUCUAUGUGUUUAUCUUGGGUUUCUUUCCUGCUGACCUGGACGAGUCCCACUUCAUCACAUCAGUAAAGAGAGAGAGAGAGAGCAAGAGCGCCACCUAUCGGCCACAGCUGAGAGCACAACCACACAACGAUCUUCUGUACACGACCAGCACACGUUAUAGAAUAACUCUUGUUGUUUUGCACUGAGAGAGAAAAAAACAUGUACUGAAUGAUUAAACAUCUGACUUUUCCUGCA